AUGGCAGAAGAAGUCGAAAUGUCCCUGCCAUUCUGUGGCAGGAAUGGUGUCCACCAAAAGCCACCCAAGGAUUUUGACAAGCCAAAGUCGCCAGUGUUCCCAACCAACUCUACUUCAGCCAUGCUUCGUAUUUUCGAGUCCAUGGAUGAGAUGGAAAGAAACAAGCUGAUACAGAGCAUUGAUAAUCUGAGCUGGUCACAAACUUGGGAAUUGACCAAACAGUUUGACAAACAGAGAAGAAAGAACAAGCCCGUGCAGCAGCCUCUGUUUGGCAUGGAAAAUGAGAAUCACUCUUGCCCUGAGAUGCUUCCCGUGGCAAGGGAUGGACCUGGAGUCGAUAUGAGCAGCAAGAUAUAUCAGUUGCUCGAAAAGCACAGGAUUGUUGAAGACGUUGAGGGACCUGAGCCAUGGGCAACAUCUGACCAACCCAACUUUAUUCCUAAAAUUGCGAACGCGGAAAUCGAAAAAACAGUCAAAGAGCCUAACAAUGCGGAGUCUCGGGCCCAUUGGGAUGCCCGACACAAGAUUCAAGCCAAGGCAUACCGAAAAUCACGUCGUAUCUUCCCAAGCAAUCAAGAUGGCAUCCUCAAGUUCACCUCGGAACCCCACAGCGCUACCUAUGAACACGAGCAAACUCUUAUUGGUGACUGCACUUUGGAGAUUGAAGAAAGACAUGAUCAGUGGCACGAACUCAAACACAGAAUUUCAUCGUUUGAUCUUCCCAACGCAGUUGUCAGAAACCAGUUUCGCAAGUGGUGGGAUCAGCUUCCAGCCGGACACCAAGUCGACAUCUAUCAUGCUGCCUUCUUUGACGGGACCGCGAUGCCCGACGGACAGUCUGAUAUGUUUUUGCCUGACAUUAAGCAUGUGCCCGCCCCUAGGGACAUGAAAGACGAACUGACACGUCUGCAUUGGCACGAGACAUCAGAAGGUUAUGUGUACAACUUGGGGAAGGUCAACAAAAGACGGAAGGAGAAGGAACAGGAACAACAAGAGCACCUACGUCGCACUGCAGCUUAUCGUGCUUGGCUAGAAUUGCCAACAGAUUCAAAAGUUGUCCCACCUGGCAUUUAUCUACGUCCUGCGGAACAAUAUGACGCUUCUUCUAUCCUUGAAAUCAUGAACUGGUAUGCACGUGGCUCAUCUUCCAGCAGCGGAGCCCGAUCUAUGGGGGCGAAGGACUUUGAAGAGCUUCUUCAAUUUUGCCGAGAAACCCACUUUCCCUUCGUUGUCGCUGCCCAGCGACCACCGGAACCCUUGUGCCGUAAUCAGAUCCACCCUGUGGUUGGCUAUGCCUAUGUCGAAUAUCAUCGGCACGGAAAGAGCGCUGACAUGAACAUGGGCGAGCUGCACGUCUUCGUCCGAGAGGGUAGAAAGAAUCAGCACAUCGGACGGGCACUUGUUGAUAUGGUCCUUUCUUGCUUUGAUGCGGCCUCUGAAAAAAGCACCGCUUAUGAGUUUGACCAAACCGGCACAGUGCAGUAUGGACCGGGCUAUGGCCGCCACCUCACAACAAUGAUUUGUGCCAUUGCAACAUCCCAGGAGACCCAGGAGGAGCAUGCCUGGAUCAAGGAGUGGCUGGAGAGGGAUUUUGGCUUCGAGCACAAGUGCGUAUUCGAGAAUGCAAGAGUAAAGAGUGGCAGGAGUUUUGACCUUCGUUACAUGGCGCGUCGCAUCCGGGCCCCGCAUGUGAACGAUGAAGUCGAAAGCCAGUCUCAGGCUCGAGCUAAGUCUCAUGGGAAUGGUACGCAGUCUGCCAUACUCAAUUACCUCUGA